AAAAAGUUGUGUUUUUUGGAGAACAACGAAAUCACGGAGUAUAAAUACGCCGCUACACAUCUCUCAGACACUCCCUGACUGUGAGGCGAGUUGAGUGCCGCCUCCAUCCCAUCACGCCGGGAGGUGAAAUCUGCAGGUCCGACUCUAAGCGAAGGAUGAUGCUGACUCCUGGGGGGCUGUCCAGCGCCAUAGCCUUGCUGCUUUUCCUCUGUGCUCAUUCCCUUCCCGUACCCGAAGGGAAAGCUUCCAACAGGUACAAAGCGGCAGCGGGAUGGCUGGAGAAGCCCCAUCUGUACCCGGACAAAAAGAGGGGGUGGCCCGACCAUGCUCAGGACACAGCGAAGGAGACCUUGGACAUGAAGGGCCCCCCCCCUGGAAAUGGCUCUGAGGUGUGGAGGCGGCCCCGCUGUGGGGUGCCAGACUACACCGCGCGCGAGGUCCUCGAGGCGGCGGAGAAGGCGAGGGCCCACGGGAGGGGGCAGCGGCGACGGCAGCGGCAGCGGCGCUUUGUGCUGUUCGGGGGACGCUGGGACAAGACCGACCUCAGCUACAAGAUCGUCCGCUUUCCCUGGCAGAUGAGUGAGGACAAGGUGCGACGUGUCCUGCAGGAGGCGCUGCGCGUCUGGAGCGACGUCACCCCUCUCAACUUCAGAGAGGUCCACGGGGGCCGGGCUGACAUCAUAAUCGACUUCACAAGGUACUGGCAUGGAGACAGCCUGCCCUUCGACGGGCCGGGGGGCAUCCUGGCCCACGCCUUCUUUCCCAAGACCCACCGUGAGGGUGACAUUCACUUCGACUAUGAUGAGACCUGGACAGUAGGCAACAGCAUGGGGACGGACCUGCUCCAGGUGGCCGCCCACGAGUUCGGCCACGUUCUGGGCCUGCAGCACUCGCUGGAGCCUGGAUCCGUCAUGUCACCAUUCUACAGCUUCUCUUACCCCCUGGAGCUAAGCGACGAUGACAGACGGGGCAUCCAGUACCUGUAUGGCCCCCGUAAACCACCCCCCCCACCGCCAGUCGUCCCAGAGACCAAUGAGAUCCCUAACAUUCCAGAUGCCUGCAGGUCGGACUUCGACGCCGUGUCCAUGAUCCGCGGUGAGCUGUUCUUCUUCAGGUCCCGCUACGUGUGGCGCAUACGUGACGGGCGCUUGCAGGCGGGGUACCCCGCACUGGCCUCCCGCCACUGGAACGGCAUCCCUGAAAGCAUCGACGCUGCUUUUGAAGACAAGGCGGGGAACAUCUGGUUCUUCCAAGGUCACAGCUAUUGGGUAUAUGACGGCGAGCGACGGGUAACGGGACCUGACCCAGUAAGCAGCCUGGGCCUCCCCGUCUCCAACAUCCAGGCUGCGCUCAUGGGGGGUCGGGGCAAGGAGCAGAAGACCUACUUCUUCAAGGACGGCAGCUACUGGCAAUUCGACCCGCUGGGAAACCAGGUGGAGGAUGUCCAGCCACACAGCCUGCAGGACUGGUGGGGCGUGCCCAGGGACAUCGACGCCGCCUUCCAGGAUCGAUACGGUUACGCUCACUUCCUCAGCGGAAAACAAUACUGGAAGGUGGACCCGAAGGAGGGAGGCGUUCUGGAGGGAUACCCCCGCAGCAUCGGCAUGGACUUCUUCGACUGUGCCUCGUCCACUUACUGAUGGCAUCGGCAUGGCGGGGGCCAAACCCACGAAGCACCAACACAGCACAGACACCCUCCCUUUAAAGCCUGGUCGCUAUACUCAGAGAAUCACUGCGAGGGAUCUUUAACCCCUUCUACUCACGCCAGGACAAAGACUCUGCGUCUUACUGGGAAACAUAUUUAUAACUGGUGAAAAUCAAAGGCAGACCAGUGCCACCUCACAUCAGAGGUGCUGGAGUGCCCAGUAAAUGUGACCAAAGCCAUGAAAAUGACAUUUUCAGGACUGGGGUGCGUGGGGGGGGGUUUACGAAUGUUGUAUAUAUGAUGGAAAGUGUAUGAAUAAUGUAUGUUUUGAGACUGGCCAAACUUCGGGCUGUAUCUUUGAAAUAUUUAAACCUUUUAGGUCUCGUUUGAGCAAAGCAUUAUAAAUAUUUUUUAGCAGUGAACAUAGUGCUUCUGGUCAAAGCUUCCAUACUAGGUAUAAAACGACCUAGGAGAGUUAGUCGAAACAGAUUUUUUUUUUCCAGGCACCAACUAAAUAUGACUACAUUCUGAACUCCUCAGGGGAACUUGGAUCCGGGUUCGUAUGGGUAUGCUGUUUCACGGCCACUCCCCGACCACUACCAAAUCAGAGCAGUUACAAACAUGCCUGUUUGAUGCAUAAAUCAUUUCUCGCUCCUAAUUUUGACAAAUUAAUAUAGUCAUUUGGUAAGUGUGAAUCUCGAAACACAUUUCCUUGCAGUACCAGUGUCUCGUAUCUUGUUUGCUCUGUCUGUUGAUUAUACAGAACAACAGCUUGACAAUUAAAAAAGUUAAACUGUCUCAAACACACACUCCAGUGACAAUGGCAGAGCAGCUAACUGCUAAUUUAUCUUUGACCUUGUACAACCCUUCUCAUUUACUGUAAGAUUUAUUUUAAACUACACUUUUUUUUUUCUCACAAAGUAGCAGCCUGAAACACUACAAAGCUGUACCAUAGACUUUGAAAGAAUAUUUCUUUAAAACCUCAGCAUCAAAUUACUAAUGAGAACACCUUUUAAAUCAAUUUAUAUACUUUUGUUGAAGCAUUAAUUAUAAAUCUGGGAUUUUACCCAGCAACUGGCAGGACCUUCACCACACAGCAGUUUUCAGCUAAUGAAACUUACGUGUGUCAGCUGAACUUCUUAAACUAAAGCAAAAGAUUAUCUGUAGCAAUGUUUCCAACCUGGACCUCAGACACCCCAGACAGUCCACAUUUUUGCUCCCUACCGGGAGCUGUGGUCCACAGACAAGUUCCUACAGGCAGUAAAAAGGACGGACAGAUGUGUUAACAAAGGUCAGCAAAGCAGGUCAGCGCCUGGCUUACAGGAAGGCAGCUGGAUGAGAUAUUGAGUUUACCUCUGUAGCAUAGCUGGAAAGAAUUAGGCUUCUGAAGUGUGACUGUCAAUUUUUCAUAAAUCGGGACAGAGCCAGUAGUAUUGCGUGUACUAAUUCAUUUAUUCGGAUUAAUGGCCGGUCUUAAAGUAGAGCUCUGUAACUGAUUGGUGAUGCUGUGAGUCAGUGCUGGCCACUGACAUCCUACAUUCUGUUGAUACCCUGUCAUAACUGUGAUCCUUUGGUGUGAUCCUUGUUCCAUACUGGUAGUUUUUACUACCAGUUUUUACUCUGGACUUAUAUCCUUUGUGAAAGAUGUCACAUACAACACUCAGUUACUGUAAUCUUACUUGGAGACAUGUAUUUUUGUUAACCAUCCUGGUUUCUUAUACAUUUUUUUAACCCAGUUAUCAUAUUUACUAUGUAAAUAAUGCACUACAACCUCAAUAUUUUUGUUGCAAAUAAAGUUUUUCUUUA